GCAGGUUUGAUUUGCAAGGUUGAUACUGACACUGCAUCAGCACAGAGCCCGCAUCAUUACUGCAUGUUCGUACGGUAUCAUUAUGCAUGAAAAACAGCUUUUAUGACGCCGGAGUAUAUACCUGGGCAGCAAAGGGAAAGGUUUAGUUGAUCGUAAAGGGUAAGAAGUAGUGUGGGAUACAGAGCUAAAGAAAUUAAGGCGGUAUACUUUUCUUGUCACCUAAAACCAUGGAGGGCGUGAGAGAUUUGGAAAGAGAUCUAGAUGAUAUGAGGGAGUAUUACAGGCAUGGAAAUACUAGGGAAGCAUCAUGGAGGAAGUCACAGCUCAAAGGGUUGCUCACUCUCCUUGAGGCGAAAGAGGGAGAUAUCUUCAAGGCUCUUAUGCAUGAUUUGGGAAAACAUCAUGUUGAGGCUUUCAGAGAUGAGAUAGGAACCCUGACAAAGUCGCUGCAUUUUGCAUUGGGGUCUUUGAAAAAAUGGAUGUCCGGCAGAAAGGCUAAACUGCCACAAAUUGCUUUGCUCACAACUGCAAAUAUUGUUCCCGAGCCGCUUGGCCUAGUCCUUGUUUUUUCGUCUUGGAAUUUUCCCUUUGGACUGUCGCUGGAACCACUGAUUGGGGCAAUAGCUGCUGGAAACACAGUGGUUCUGAAGCCCUCGGAGUUGGCUCCUGCAUGCGCUUCUUUUCUAGCAAAUACCAUCCCUGCUUACGUGGACAAUAGGGCUAUCAAGGUUUUCCAAGGUGGACAAGCCAUUGGUGAACAACUGCUACUGCAGAAAUGGGACAAAAUCUUCUUUACAGGAAGUGCACGCAUUGGACGGCUUGUCAUGUCUGAGGCUGCUAAGCAUCUGACUCCUGUUACUUUGGAGUUGGGUGGAAAAUGCCCUGCUGUUGUUGAUUCUCUUUCUAGUUCUUGGGACAGAAAGGCUACUGUAAAGCGAAUUAUUGCUGGGAAAUUUGGUGCCUGUGCUGGUCAAGCAUGCAUAGCAAUAGAUUAUGUUCUUGCAGAAAAGAAAUCGGCACCAGCUCUGGUAGAGUCGAUGAAAGUCAAGAUCAAUGAAAUGUUUGGAAAAAACCCAAAAGAAUCACACAGUAUUGCAAGGAUAAUAAACAAACAACACUUCUUGAGAUUGAAGAAUCUUCUCGAGGACCCAAGGGUUGAAGCUUCUAUUGUUUAUGGGGGCUCAUUGGACGAAGAUAGCUUGUUCAUAGAGCCAACAAUAUUGGUGAAUCCCCCAAUCGAAGCAGCUAUCAUGACAGAAGAAAUCUUUGGUCCAAUCCUUCCAAUAAUUACUUUGGAGAAGAUUGAAGACAGUGUACAAUUCCUAAAUUCAAGGCCUAAAGCGCUUGCCAUAUACUGCUUCACCAAAAACAAAUCACUAGAGAGAAAGAUGAUAUCUGAAACAUCAUCUGGAAGCAUGGUUUUCAAUGAUGCAAUUGUUCAAUAUGCUGCAGAUACCUUGCCAUUUGGAGGAGUUGGGGGAAGUGGGAUGGGAAGGUACCAUGGGAAGUUCUCAUUUGACACAUUCAGCCAUGAGAAGGCUGUCAUGAGAAGAAGCUUCCUCUCUGAUUUUUGGUUUAGAUAUCCUCCAUGGAACACUAACAAGUUGCAGCUCCUUGAGAGCGCCUAUAAAUAUGAUUAUCUUGGGUUGCUCCUCGUCAUACUGGGCUUGAAGCGAUCUAGAUGAGGAUCUUAUAUCACCUAAGCAUAUUUUCACUGCCAAAUACAUUACUAUUCAUCAUCCUAAGAUGCAGGGGAAGAAGAAGAGAAGCAUAAACAUGUUUGUUUGAGUAGUGGUGUAAUCGAUUUAAUCGACCAAAGUGUGCACAUCCGUUUCAUUUCUGAAUUGAGCUGAAAGAAUGCUAUGAAAUCUUAGCUUUGUGGAUA